CGAUCUCUUCUCAAGGCCCUCUCGAGAAUCCCAAAGCUUGGCUUUUUAGGGCUUCUUCGAUUCUCAACAAUGGAGGAGGACCUCCACAACGGAAGCGGCGAAGACGAAGGCGAAGACGAAGGCGAUCUCUCCAGCUGCUGCCUUGAUCUUACUAGCUUUCAGCUUCACGAUCUCGGCGAUGUCGAGAUCCCCGAGGAGUUGGUGGAACUCGAUCUCACCGCCAACCGGCUAUCCGUUCUCGACCCCAGAAUCGGCCGGCUCUCGCGGUUGAGGAAGCUGUCCUUGCGGCAGAACCUCUUCGAUGAUGAGGGUGUUGAUCCUAUUUCUCAGUGGGAUUCAAUCCCUGGCUUGCAGGAACUUGUUCUUAGAGACAACAAACUCACAAAAAUUCCUGAUGUCAGCAUUUUCAAGGGCCUUCUGAUAUUUGAUGUCUCGUUUAAUGAGGUUUCUUCCUUAAAUGGUUUGUCCAAGGUCUCAAAUACACUUAAGGAGCUUUAUGUUUCCAAGAAUGAAGUGACCAGAAUGGAGGAGGUUGAACAUUUGCAUGCAUUGCAAAUUCUUGAAUUAGGUUCAAACAGAUUAAGGGUAAUGGAGAACCUGGAAGCCUUGACAAAUUUACAGGAGCUGUGGCUGGGGCGAAAUCGCAUCAGGAGUGUGAAUUUGUGUGGUCUUAAGUGUAUAAGAAAAAUAAGCCUGCAGAGCAAUCGGCUGACAUCCAUGGCAGGAUUUCAAGAGUGUGUUGCACUAGAAGAACUUUAUCUGAGCCACAAUGGAAUCACAAAGAUGGAAGGUUUAUCUACCUUAAUAAAUCUUCGCGUGCUGGAUGUUUCUGCGAACAAACUUACUUCAAUCAAUGAUAUUGAAAACUUGACAAUGUUGGAGGACUUAUGGCUUAAUGAUAACCAGAUAGCAUCAUUGGAAGGUGUUGAUUUAGCCGUAGCAGGCUCAAGGGAGAAGCUAACAACCAUAUAUCUCGAGCGCAACCCAUGCGGAAAUUCUCAAGAUUAUUCGAGCACAUUGAAGCAGUUCUUUCCAAACCUCCAACAAAUCGACUCAGAUAUUUUUAUUUGAGGGAGUGAGUUCUUCAUUUCUUGCCACCUGAUGAUAAAGGACGCCUUUAAAUACACCCAGUUGUUGCUCAUGAUAAUUGAUUGGGGGCAACAGGUUUUUAAUGCUUC